AUGCUGAGCCUGCAUGACUUAGCAGGGAUAGCACUUGGUGACCAGCAGCAAGAACAAGAAGGUCAAGAUGAUCAGCCCGGUCUUCGACCUGGUGCACGGGUUGGCCGCCUUGGGCGUGGUGGCCUUGGGCGUGGUAGGGGCAUUGGGCGCGGCGCCCGUGCCAUUUUCCGGGCAAGAGCAAGGCGAAUGAAUGCCAAGAGAGGCAGGCAGAACUUCUUGCGGAAAAAAGAUAAGGAUCACAGGAGGCAAGCUUUUAGGUUGCAGGCAAUGGCUUCCAAUGCUUCGGGGCGCCACAGAACCAUGGAUCACUUGUUGCCUUUGCAGCCGGCUGAUGACGCCAGGCCCAAGCCAAAAGGGCAGGGAGCUUGGAAGAAGUGGACGCCUGAGGCGAUGUUGAGGGCGGCCUUUGGCCAGGCUAAUGCAUCUGUCAGGCAAUCUGCCAGGGAGGUUGAUGGGGCAAGCCCAUCGCAUGUGAUCAAAGCUCGCACCUUCAUUGCCAACUGUAUCCUUGAUUGCCAAAAAAAACAUAUUGCAUCGGAGAGAAAUCGGCAGGGAGAAAAGGAAGUGCUGUAUCAAAUUUUGAACAUGAUGUUUGAUGAGACAGAGUUGGACGUUUCGCUGGACCAGGAUGGAGCAGGAAGCUGGUCAAUAUUGGCAAGCCACAGCCAACUGAGCAUCCAUGCUGAGGGCCACGACUUGGAAAUUGACAUAGCAAGGCCGCCAAGAGCUUUCCCUCGCAAAACGGCAUCUUGCAUGUGGGGUGCGUUGUGUCUGGACGAGGGCGGCCUCAGGAAAGUGUUGACUGAAAAGUUGGUGGUCAUGGGUGCAGAGCCUCCAGGCCUGCAAGCGGAGUGGGCUGUGGCCCGCAGGCAGGCAAAAACCUUCCUGCAUAUGAUGCUGCAGUGCGAAGAUGAGAAGCCGAAUGCUAAACGGUCUAGGCUAGCCACAAUCGCCAUGGCCCUGUCAAAGGAGCUUUCCAGUGCAAGGUCUUUGGACAAUGUGCGGAACGGAAACUUGGCAAAGGCAUACCUGCCUGCAGAUGCUCGGUCCAGAGCGUUUCACGGCCUGGGGCCUGGUGCCAAACUGACAGCGGCAGGCUUGAGCGAGGCCUUGUCGGAGUUGGACAAGUUCCUUGUCGUGGAUGACUACGGGUCUGUGGAAUGCGUGAAGUUCGCCAGGGAAGAAUACAACAAGAGGCAUCCCAUGACUUUGAUCUUUGAGACCGAGAAGUAUGGUAGAUUGUGGCUGGGUGGUGAGAAGGCAGUCCACAACACCUUGCUCCUGUCACAGAAUGAGGUGGGCUAUGUCUGGCCUGCUUGUGCAUCUGCAGUCCCGGAGACGCCUCAAGUGUAUGUCUUUGACGCAGUGGACGGAACAGAUGCGGCCCAGGGGGACGUUCAGCUGGACAAGAUUUUGCCGAUCAUCACUGAUAUCAUUGAGCUCCUGGUGAAUGGAAAAUCUGUUUUAAUAGCUUGCAACAACGGGGCUGACAGGUCUGCGACCUUGGUGUGCAUGGUGCUGAUGCGGCUUCUAUCCUGGUCCUCCUCCCAGGCUAGCGCCUAUCUAGCCACUAUGCGCAACAUAGUAGACCUAAAGAGCCGAGCCCCACCCUCGCGUGGAAGGGCCCAGAUGGUGCGCCCAGUUGACUUUUUGGAAAAGAUCGAGGAAGCAUUGCAUGCUGGCAGUGCCCGGGAAAAUGCCAAAGCAGCCAUUGGGUUUGUGCCUUUGAGGCGAAAAGCGCUGGAGCUCGGCUUUGAAGCCAGGUUUGCUGCAGGCCGGACAUCGCUGCUGACAAGAGUCGACCGCAAGUCAUCUUCAGAUGAAGGGGAGACAACCCAGAGUUACGACAUGGGCACUGAUGCUGAGAACAGCGAUGGUACUUUUUUGCGCUGCAGAGCCGCUGGCAGCAUGGCCGGAAGUGCUUCGUGGCUUUUUGUGGAGAGCCCGGCGUCUACGCCACGUAGUGGCAGUGCAGGCGAAGGCUCUGAGCUGCGGCGCCGCAAGCUCCGGAUGCUGAUUGAAGACUUGACGGACUUGACCCUCAAGUUGGAAAAUCAUGUUUCAAGCUCUGGCGGCUUUGAGCCUGGUUUGACGCUGAAAGACGCUUCUGGGCACCCAGCAGCUGUUGUGGUGGGAGACGAGCUGUCGUUGACAGCUGCGCCUGCAAGCGCUUCUGCUGAGGCUGGUGCGCCUCAGGCGUCGUUGGCUGGCCAGCAGGCAAAAGAGCCAAGCUUAGAAAACAAGGCAGGUGAGCCAAAUGAUGAGCCUGAUCCCAAGAAGGCGAAGGUGGAAGGGGAUGCGGCCCCAGCGCCAGGUGCCGAGGCCCCAGCUGAGGAAGCGACUCAUGGCUCGAAGGCUGCGCCUGCCGUUGAUGGCUCGAAGGAGGGUGCUGCGCCAGAUGGUAUGGAAGUCGAUUAUGAUCCUGAUGAAGAGCGACCAGCCUCCAUUGCUCAGGCUGUUCCAGCUGGUGAGAAGGCCAAAGCUCAGGAAGAGCUGGGAAAUUUGUCUGACCAGGCUUCCCAAAGCUUGUUGGACUUGCUGGAAGCCCAGAAGGUGUCCCACCAGUCCCUUCUUGCAAAGCUGGAAAAGAUUGAGGCUCAACGUGUUUCGGAUAACCAAAGGUCUCAGUUGCUUGAUGCCUUGUUGAACCGGGACCCUGGCUUCGAAGCUCAGUUGGCUGCGCUGCCAGUACCAGUGCUGACGGAAGUUUGCGACAGCCAAGGCAUGUCCUUGAUUCACCAUGCUGUCAGGACUGGCCAGGCCAACAUUGUGGAUCUUCUUUUGCAACGCUGCCCUGAGCUUGCAGAAAAAACAACGGGCAUUGAUGCCCGCCCAGCGCGCUGGACGCCUCUCAUGGUUCUCAUGGACACGCCCGUGCACUCUGUUGGAGAGGACAUUUACCAGCGCAUACUGCGACUUCUCCUUCAUGUGAUGAGUGUUCAGUCAAUCUGUGCCCAGGCCUACAACGGCCAAACGGCUGCUCACUUGGCAGCUGCCCAGGCAAACCUCAUGGCCAUCAAAAAGAUUUGCUGGACCACGUAUAAGAAAGCUGGAGAAUCCGACUCGGCGUUCCGCCUGGUGAGCAACAUGCUGAAUACCAGGUCUGGCAAGCGAGGUGCAGGGGCUGUGGACCUUGCCUUGAAUACCAACUUUCAAGUGGCGAGCUAUUUGAAGUCAUGGGGAGCAGAGGAGCAAUGCCCCAAUCCAAAGCAGUGUCUGCACUACGGCUUUGCUGCUGCUUUUGGCGGCAGAUUUGGCUGCGUGAGACAGACGCCUGUGUGUGAAAAAAGGGUGCAAGCAGGGCUGGGGCAGAAAGGACCACCAGCGCAUGUUUGCCAAGGGUGCUGCACGGACAGAGACGCCAGUGUUGAGAGGGGUAUGGAGCUUCUGACGUCCAAGCUACUCACUUGUAUCUCCGUUCCUGCUAUGAACAAGUGGACAAAAGUAGCGCCCUGUGUCAGGCAUGUUGCCGUGUUGCAAAGUUUUUGCAAUCUUGUUCCACAGGCCUGCAAGGAGCUUUGCCCGCCCCCUGAGGACGAUUCCGGUUCAGAGGAUGAGGGGGCAGCUGUGGGCGUCCCAGUUGAUGAAAGCAAAGCUUGGCGAAAACUUGCCAGGCUGAGAGUGCGGAAGGCUUGCUUUUUCCUGUCUGACCAACAAAGCAAUUGGAUGACUUGUUUAUGGUGCGUGCUGACAAAGCCGAUCAUGAGGGUGCAUUUUGCACUUUUCAAGCACGCAACUUGGCUCUCUGAGCGCGUUGAAGCUGACGCUGUAGAUGAUGAGGAAGAGGUGCUAGAUUUAUUUGAAGAUGCUGAACUGAGACCGCUGUCAAUGGCAUGUUUCUGCAGAGCAUCCCUGAGCCCUGCAUUGAAAGCCUUGGAUUCUAUCAGUGAGCUAGCUCACCUGCCUGCAGGCAUGGGUUGGGAUCCAGUUAUUCUGGCCUUUGGCCCUGUUCUUUCUUGGAACCAAGAACGGCUGAGAAUCACGCGUCGCACUUUGUGCUUGGUUGUGGGCCAAUUGUGGAGAAAGCUUGUUUACCCUUUCCAGCAGUACCCUUGGGCAUUGGAGCCUUUGGUCGAUCCAGAGGUGAGCUUGAGUGAGAAGCAAGAUUGCGUGCGGUCCUUGUUCAGUUGCAACGAUUGCCAGCUUGAUGCUUUUGCUCGCCAACUCCGUGACACUGUUCCACAGCAUGCAAUGCUGGAACCAGGCACGCUCAAAUUCUUGGAAGCCGUGCUGCAGCGUGUGGUUCCAACCAGCACAUUCAUUGAGCGGGUGUUUUCCAGGCUUUCUGAGUGGGCCGAUGUGAAGGGGCGCAGCCCGAAACUGAGCAGCAUUGCUGCCAAACAUAUAUCAGGCCGCUUCCAGCAAAGCACCCAGCUGUGGCGGAAGCGUGUUUUGAAACAACAGGCAGCAACAAAACGCAAUAUCAGCAGGCCAGCUUGGAGCCAUUCAAGAACAAAAGGCAAAUGCGCAAAUGGUUGGCAUGUGUUCAGCCAAGAGUAUCUGUUGCAAAAUCUUGGGGGAACUUUGCAGGAACGGCAAAGAGCUGCCUUGAGGGCCUGGCGAGGUUGCACCCUUGAAGAAAAAAAGAGAUACUCGCGCUUGGCGCAAGCUAGGAAUGUAGCAGCUUCUUUGGCCGCAUCCCAAGCAGCUGCAGCCACAGAAGGGGGCGAUGCUCUCCCUGCUGGCAGUCCUUGCGGUGUUGGUACACCUGAUGGUUUCCCACUUGCCCGCCAUGUUGUCCUUAGCAAUCAAAGCCAAAUGAACACCAUGUCUGCUCAGUUUAACAAUGACUACAACCGUCUUUUGCCUGAAAAUGCUGAUGCGUUUGCUGGUGCGCCAAGGGAGCCAUAUCCUUUAAUGCCAAACUGCCCCAAGGACGGAUGCAUGCAUACCUUGCCAGAUGCCGGCUUGGCCGUGGUGACUUCCUUGCAUGACCGCUUCUGGUUCAUCGUCAAACAUCAUGCUCCAAAGCCAAAGGCUGUAGCAAAGGAAGUGCUCCUGUUGUCUCUGCGUUCAGAAGCCGCCAAUGUUUCAAAAGAUGUUGCGGUGAUGUUUCACACCAGGAGGGCUCCUUGGGAGGCUGCUUUGCUUGUACUUCAUAGGGUCAGUUUACCCGGCUUGGCAGAGCAAGGCGUAGUCUUCAGUUUGUUGUUCAGCGAUUGUGCCGGAGGUUACUUUGGUGAGGGCAAAGCUCCUCAUCUUGAUUUGACAAGUGACAGGGCCUUAUUUGUCAGACUGGCGCAGCUUGCGUCUGACUGGUCUUUUCACUUUCUGGAAGUGGGCAAGGUUCUGUCUUUGGUUCGUUUCGAUGUGGUAGCUGUAACGGCUUUUGAAGAGAGCUCUUUUGAGACAAAGGCACAAGAAGCACUUGAAGUUUCAAACGCCCUACAAGCUCUCAGCCACUUGCUGGGCAACCACAAGAAGCGGACCGCAAAUCAACAGUCCCAGAAUGGGGCCAAAGAAAUGGGCCCCCGGUCAGCGAAGCGACUCAAAGCUUCACAUGCCCUGUCAGCGGAAAGACGAUUGCUGGGCGUCGAUUCUGAAUCCGAGCAUGGAUCCAACAACAGUGAGGCAAGUGGCUACAACACCGAUGCAGAGGACGGAACACCGUCUGGAAACUUGGCAAGGCCAGAACUGGCAGAUUACUUUGACCCAAGAAGCUUUGCCAGACAAUUUAACGAGGAAUCCAAAGCAGAGCCCCCUCCAGCUCCACAUGUUCAAGCCCCUCUCAGAAUCAAACCGGCCUGCUCUGCAGAGGUGACAAAUGCAAAAGCAACCCGCCAGCGAAGGAGUGAAGCAUGGGGCGUAUUUCAUUUGGGGCCCAUCUACAGCCAAGGUGUGCAAACAGGCUAUGGAGCUAUCUGUGGCUUACAUCGCAAUUCAGAGGACGGGCCAGGAAUCUAUUGCAGAAAAGCUUUGACAACAUCCGAGCUUUCCGAGGAAGACUGCCGGCUCCGUCUCAAACGUUGGCUUCUAGCCGGGUUGCAAGACAGUGAUUGGCCUGAGGGGCAGGGCCGCUCAAUGCACCUGUCUUUGGGCGGCCUGCGCCUGGUAGAUUUCAGCUCGGGAAAACCAGAGGCUGCUUUAGACAGUUUCCGAGAGUUGGAUCCACACCAGUUCCAAGCUGCCAUGGAGCCGGAUCCAGGCCUCAGUGACUCCAGCAGUUCUAGCAAUGGGCCUGCUAGACCGCGCGGUGUCAAGAGGAGCCAGGCCGCCAGCACAGCUGGCGGAAGUGAAGUGUUUCCGAUUUCAAUUGAGUAUAGCAAGCCCUGUGAGUGCUGCUUGUGCUCUGCCAAGAGCACUGACCCCAACCCCUUGGUCCAGGAACCUCAUGAAGCUGAAGGGUUUCUCCCUUACAGGCCUUGGGCCAAGCACAGGAAAUUGCGUGAGCACUCUGUGCGUGUUCCGGAAGGUAAGUGCUGCUUGCCUUGCUUCAAUGUCUUUCGGCUGCUUGGUAAGCACAGGAGGUACAAGACAUAUGCUGAGUACUACAAACACAUCAGCCAGAAGCAGAACCAGCACGAGCACAAGGACUUCUUAGCUGCUGUGAAGCAGUGGCUGAAGCAGCACCAUGACAACCCUGACAAGUUCAAGCUUCAGGACAAAGAGGAGUUGCUGAAAACUCAAAGAGAGCUUGUGAUUUCGAAGAAACAGGGUGGCAAGUUGACAGGGCCAAAGAAGCAGUUUGUUCUCAGCACCCAUUGGGACAGCAAGCGCCACGGCGAAUGGGACCCAACUAAGGAGGUGGACCAUUUGAUCGGUGGAGUGAUGAAGAAAGGUGUGUGGCGCACAGUGGGGCAAGAAGGUGUGUAUGACUUCGAAGCUUAUGAAGACACUGGGGUUGAGGAGCGAGUCAUUGAAGAUGAUGGGCAGCAAGCAAUUUUUGCAGACGAAGCAUUCCAAGCAAAGAAGCAAGCCGCCCUGCAGACACUGCAGCAGCAGGCCAAGGAGAGAGACGCCGCUUCAGUGAAGGCCUCAGAGAGUGACAUGACUUUUGCGGACUUGGUCCAGGUUGUGCGCUCACAGAGCAGCGCAGCUGCCAGCUCUGCUGAGGUUCCGGCUGCAGCUGGAGCAGCUGGCGCAGAAGGGAAGGACACUGACAGCGUUGAAGAAAAUUCCGCCUGGUCAAGCACCUCCUCAGAGGAGGAGGAUACAGCAGCAGGCUUGGAGUUGCUGCAAUCUUCAGGGGUUAAAGGCGCAAGCAAGGAGACGCCUGGUGAGAGCAGCGCAAAGCCAGCCAAGGCGAAGGCCAAAGCCAAAGCAAAGGAGGCGCCCAAACAGCCAAGUACCGCGUCUGCGUUGCCAAGGCAAGAAAAGAAAGGGCACGCCAGCGGCAUUGCGAAAACGCCAAAGGCAACACAGGCUUCCAGCCUUGCCCCAACCUCUGUGCCUGAGAGCAAUGGGAUGCUUUCCUUGGAUGGCCGUGCCAACCGCACUUUGAAGACUUUGGAAGCUGCCGUUUCUGAUGCAAAACAGAAACUUGCUGAAGUAAGUUUCGAUGACAAGCCGCAGAGCACCACCCAGAUGAAAGAGUUUCGUUUGGAGGCUGCCCAAAGAAUUUCCACUUGCAACACAGUAGCGAGAAAAGCAAAGGACACAGUGACCAGAGUUGGAAAGUCAAACAACCGGGAUUCCUUUGAGAAGCAGUUAGACACCUUGCAGGAUCUUGGAAACCUGGCCCAGGCUUCAGCGAAGCUUCUUUCAAACGUCAUUGCUCCUACCUUGGACCCGGAUGCUUACAUCAGUGCCCAUGACGCAGUUUCCGCUGGUGGUGUUCAGCUGGGUCCAUUAUAUUGGUUGAAGCUUGUUGUUGCUCAGAGCCAGAAAGAGUUUCUGUAUGGGAAGUACAGCGGGUUCUGCCAGGCAUUUGCGUUGCCGUCCGAACCAAUGAAGCAGUUGGCUGCCUUGUUGGGAACCGAAGCGGCGGCCAAAGAAAGCGCCCUGGAAGUGGAGCACCGCAUGCUUGCUUGCUUGCGAGCAAUUCCUGCCAGUGAGUUGGCUCUCCUCGCCCCUGGAAAGGCUGUCCCAGAGCUAGGUGGCGAAGUUCCCAGAAUGGGUGAAUGUUUAGAUUUGGCAGAUGCGAUAGCAAAAGCAUGUGACAAGGAUGGCCAAAACUUCAUGGCAAGGGAGCUGGCAGACUCUGUCAAGACGGUGCGUUGUUUGCUGGGGCAGGACCAUGUUGGAAUGCUGGUGGAGGAGGUUAAAGCCUUGACGGGCUUGGAAAAAGACAAGCUUGACGCUGCCCCGGCUUUGCAGAAAUUUUUCUUGCAACACGACACCGGAAAGGCUUUCCUUUCUGUGGCCCAGUUGCGUGUGGAGCAAGGGGACAAAGAGAGGAUUUUUGAAGAGAAGGUGGAAGUUUUGCAGAAAGCAGUGUCUCACUUGGCCGCCUGGCCUAAGCAAAGCCCUCCAGAGGCUGAGUCCGGCAUUCUUGCGGUACAGGAGCGGAUUGAGCCAGCAGUGGAAGCUUUGGACGCCGCCAAGCAAACCACGUUUUUUCAGGAGUCGAAAAAGAAGAAGCGGGACCAGAUCUCAAGUCGCUUGCUGGUUGAUCUGGAAAGGUUGGAAAGGCAGGUCAGCGAGCGGUCUGUUGACCUGGUGCGGAUCGUGUGCAAGGACAACAUGGAGACUUAUUUUUGUGAGGCCUUGGCGAAUGACUGUUUGGUCAGCCUUGCCAGCGGUGCCUUUGCCCUUCUCAACUUAGAUGAGUCCUUGCUCUCCUUCAAGGCCACAGCUUUUGUGCAGCACAAAGUCUGGGCAAAGGUGACGGCAGCCGCCGAUGAAGUUGCCAAGUUCAAAGCAGCGUCUGAGCUGGCAGCUGACGUUGCCAAGCAUGUUUUCUACAAGCACAAGGCAUUCUCCCAUCUGCCUCCUGUUCCAGCAGCGUCGCCAGAGACAUUGCAGAAGUGGUCCGAUUCGGGCGUUGCCCUGGUGCAACGCUUCGUGCCUGAAGGGGUAGCUGAGAAAUUCAAAGAUCAGUUUCUGUCACCCAUUCAACAUGACCUGGAGAGUCUAUUCUCAAAAGGUUUGGAAAGGGUGGGGCCAAUCGUGUCAAAAUGCGUCAAGGGUCUUUUAGGGGCUGGCCUCAGCAAGCAAGUGCGGGACCAAACGCUGCAGAGCAUCCCUGCCUCUCACGAAAUGAAGGCUGUUGUCGACUUGUUUCUGCAGGUGGCAGAAUUUCCGAUCCCUUCCGAAGAUCCGCUGGUGAUGUGUCAGCUGUCUGCAGUGCUGCAAAAAUUUUGGCUCUUGCUGAAUCCGCUCUUGGAGCAAGUGCGGGAAGGCCUGGCCUCCGCUAAGUUGGUCAAAGACAUGGAACAGGUUACUUUUAGCCACCCUGACACAUUGGCAUGGUUGACCAGUACUGUAGCACAGAUCACACAAAGCUUGUCCAAGGCUUGUGAGAAGGAGUUCGCAACCGCUUGGGAUGCAGCCUCGCAGCUAGAGAGCUUGCUGGCAAAGUUGCCCGACCCCAGCUGCAAAGAAGCGGAAUACAGGACAGAGGGUGCCAAGGUGACAAAGCAAGUCGCCGACCUGGUCGCGCAAAUUGGCCAGAACGAGAAGGUGAGGCUGAAGGGUGUGUCAGCUGUGAAGCAGCUGUCUGACAUCGGCCUACCAGGCAACCCAGGGCAUAAUGGCGUCAGCGCUUUGUUUCACAAGUACGAAGGCGGAGAAGCCGGUUUCACCGAAAAGGUGCUCAAGUCAGCAGCCUGCGGCUCGGUCCAUGUCGCCAUGGUGGCUGGUUUGUGUCUUCUCCGCAACGGGUCAUUGUGCUCGGCAAAUGAUGAAGGGAAGAUGAUCAGGAAGCAACUGCAGAGCGUGGCAGAAGCCCUCAAACAGAAAGUCGCCGCACUGAAGCUCUGUGAAAAGCCGGAUGCUGAGCUGUUGCACAGGGCCCAGAACGUUUUGAAUGAGGCGUCUGCACACCACAAGACCCCUGAUGCUGGCAGCGCCUCCAUUGCGAAGGAGGCAAGUCCCACUGACAAGAGCAAUGAGGAGGGCGACAGGGACAUGGCAGAAGAGGACAAGGAGCCUACUUCCAAGAAGCGCAAGGCUGAGACAGAGUCUGGCGCAGGCAAUGGGCGUGGACGUGGACGAGGCAAGGGCAGAGGCGAAGCCCUGUAUGAAUUUGCACAAGAGAAUUUGAAAGGUUUUGCAACCAUGUUUCCAGGCAGGUUUGCAGAACAAGCUGAAGUUGCCUCUUGCGUGUCUCUGACAUGGGCAUCGGCUUGCAGUGGCUCAGAGGGCGCUUUCUAUGUCAUGGAAGCGCUUUCCAGAGCAUACAGCCUUAGCACGGAGACCUGCGGAUUCCGGCUCUCCGUGAAGCACCUUUUCUCAUGCGAGAGCAACAAGGACAAACAGCGUUGGAUUCAAGCGGUUUUAGAUUGUGGACCUUUGAUGCCAGCCCUCAGCCCUUUGAAGUCGGCUUCCGAAGGCAGUGACGGGGAAAGCGAGCUGCUUCAACUUGGAAGCUGCAUCUUCCAGGACAUCGAGACGCUGGGCGGCUGUGAAGCUCAUUGCGUUGUUCAUGGCAAACUUUGCCCGGUGCCUGGGUGUGACCUUUUGGUCAUUGGGUCCUCCUGCAAAGAUUUCAGCAAGGCCAAUCCAAAGAAGGAGACACAAAAGUUGGUGUUCCAGCAGGGCAAUUCAUUGGGAGGCUCAGCGCAGACUUACCACGGUUUUACCAGCUAUGUUGCAGCUCACUCACCUGGGCUGGUGACGUACGAAAAUGUUGAUGGGCUUGAGGAGCAAAUUGGGGCACAUGCCCAAUCCAACUUGGAUGUCUUGAUGCAAACCAUGAAAGAAUUGGGCUAUAGCGGCCAGCCUUUGCGAACAGAUGCUUCGUCCUUCGGCUUGCCUGCCAGAAGGCGCCGGCUUUAUAUUUUGUUUGUGCGCCAAGUGAACCCAAAGCUUCACACUCAAGCCAGGUCUUUGACCGAGUCUUUUGAAAUGUUCAACAACAUGGUAGCCUCCUGUCUGAGAUCCCCGCCCUGUGCCAAGGAUUUGCUGCUAAAUCCCGCCUCAGGCGAGGUUGAAGCCUUUCUGGGGGAGAGGAAAGAGAAGAGCGCCAAGGCUGCAUCGAAGAGCCCCAAGUCUUCGGGCAAUUGGGCAGACCAACACAUGAAGUUUGCAGAAGCUGAAGGGUUGCGAUGGGGACAGCCAUACCCUGAAGAACUCAAGUUGAAUCCGUGGUUUGAAACCUUGACAGCCAGGGAACAGGACGUGCUGGCUUUGUCCAGGGCUCAAGCCCCGGAUGCUGGCUUCAGAAAUGUUUCCCAAUCGCUUGGACGAGUGCACACUGCCAGCUGGUGCAAAGAUACCAAGAAGCACAUUGCCCCAACAAUGCUUCCAGGUCAGCUGCUCUUUGUCGAGCUGGUUAAGCCUCCAAGAUUGAUGUUGGGUCAAGAAGCCCUUUUGUUUCAAGGAUUUCCAGCACCUCUGUUUCUGAAGCUGGUAGAGACAGAAGGCAUCGAUGUCUACGAAUGCUCUUCUGCGGCAAGGGGCUCAGUCCGAAAGCGGUCUGGCCCAGGAAGGAAGUGGCUGACAGAAAGUUUGAUGGCUGACCUUGCAGGGAAUGCCAUGGCUCUGCCAGUGUUGCUUGCGAUUGUGCAGAGUGCUGUGGCCUCCCUGCUGUUCAGGCCUGAUUCCCGAGCGUCCACACGGGAAGAAACAGCCGAUGCUCUCUCUGCAUUGGGAAUCCUCGCUGAUUUGUGA